AUGCAUCUCUUUUUGCUAUUAUUUCUACCAAUAAUUAGUACAAAUUCUAUGGAAAGUGCUCAAUAUCUGCAAAAUGCUGUAAGAGACCUUAGGAAGUUAAAUUACAGACAAACGUUAAGACGAGCAGACACAGCUAUGGUAUCUGCAGCUGCAACAGCAGUACCACAAGCAGAUUUUACUGUACAACCACCAAUAGUGGAGAGAAGAGUACAACAUGGGGAUGAGGUACCACCUGUUAGUCUAACGAAAGGAGAAUUGACAGCUUUGUACGAAGCAGCAGUUGCUAAAGGCGAAACUUUAAAAUUAGAUACUGGAGAUAACAGUUACAUACAUGCAGCUGUUCAUGAAUUAGAUAGUUCAGAAAGUCACAAAUCCUCAAGUUAUCAAUCUCCAGAAAAUCAUGAAGAACCUUCUGCUGAUGACGAUCCUGCAGGAUAUUACUAUUAUUAUUACCCCAUUAAGAGUUUUUUGGAUGAAAUGUCAUCGCAACCAAGUAGUAGUUCGAAUGAGUAUGCAUACAAACCUCACAAGCCUAAAGAACCCCCUACAACAUAUAGACCGCAAUAUCAGUAUCAUUCUCAUCAUCACCAGCAUAAUAUAACCAUUAACAAAGCAAUGAUGGAAGAUAAGAAACCAAAAACUUUAGAGCCUCUGUUCAUGGCAAUAUCCGGAUUUAUUGGUAUGGCAGUUAUGUUUGUAUUAUCUGUGCUUGUGCUUCCAAAAUUUGGUAUAAAACCCAAAACUAAGGUGUUUGGUAAGAAGAAUGAGAAAAUUGAGGAUUUCGCUAGAUUAGCCAUAGAUGCUAUCGAAGGAGGCGAUUGUGCGGAAAGAUUUGCUUGUGAAUUGAGUAAAACUGCUAGAGCUUUUCAUUUACAAGACAAUCGAUUCGUCAAAUUGCUCAAACGGAUAGCUCCAGGUACAUUUGGUAAACACAUUGAUAGAGUGGGGAAAUACACGAACAAACAACUGAAAUGUACUGCUAUUCCAUGUAAGAAAAAAAAUAACAUCGUUCAGAAGAAAAAGAAUAAUAAUGCUCAGAAUAAACAUUAG